AUGGCAAAGACUGCGCUUGUUACCGGGGCUAACGGUGGUAUUGGAAGAGCCCUCACCUUCGAGCUUGUUAAGAGAGGUUACGUUGUCUAUGCGACUGACAUUGUCUUCAGCGAUGAAACCACUGAGUUAUUUGAUGCCAAUGACAAAGUGAAGAAGUACAUCAUGGAUGUCACGUCCCAGGACGCUGUUGUUGAGAUCCGUGAGAUUGUCAAGGCGGAUACUGCCGGUCAGCUGGACUUGUUGUACUGCAAUGCUGGUCGUCCAGUCGUUGCGAUGGCUACAGAUGUCACUGAUGAGGAGAUCCAGUCCCUGUUUGAGUUGAACCUUUUUGCCCAGAUGAGACUGGUGAGAGAGUUCGUCAAGAUGAUCAUCCCAACAAAGGGCACCAUCGUGUUCUCGGGCUCUGUGACCAGAGGUAUCCCACUACAUGCCAACUGUCUGUACACGUCAUCGAAGGCUGCGUUGGACCAAUACGCUUCGACUUUGCAAUGCGAAUUGCGUAACUAUGGUGUUAAAGUGAUCGACGUCAUUGGUGGUUAUAUCAAAACACCUAUUUUCCAUGCUGGUGAGAACUAUCAAAUUCCACAGGAUUCGAUAUACAACUUUGAAGAGUACAAAGUGGCAUUCGAUAAGAAAGCAGAGGUCCUGUUGAAGAACAGUGCUUCUUUGGGUAUGCCACCAGAGGAAUUUGCAAAGAGAACGUUGGAUCAAGUUGAGAAGGCCAACUUGAACACUUUGAGAGUUUAUGAAGGUACAAACAGUGGUAGAAUGUCGUUGCUUCAAACAUUCCUACCUCAAAAGGCCUUGAUCAACCACAUCUUGAACUUGUUCGGCUUCAACUUUGAUUACAGAAAGGGUAGUAAGUACGUCAAGGAAUAA